UCUUUUUUUUUUUUUUUUGAAUGCUUUUUAUUUGUUAAAGUUUUUGGGCUGUGAACAGGAUUUGAACAGAUUUGUCCUUUUUCCUCCUGUACACGCCCAGUGUAAGGCAGCUAUUUCUCUAUUCUUUGAAAAUCUUAAAAUACGUAUACCUUCACACACAAUCCACACACUGUCUCUCUCCACACACACAUCACUCAGCCUUCUCACUUAAGCCUGGUCCAGCCUAGUCUUGCCUGCUCCGCUCCCCUGGACAGGAUUCAGUUCCAAGAGGAAGGGAGGAAUAUGACAGCAGAGACACUCAAUUUCGGCCCAGAAUGGCUCCGUGCACUUUCCAGUGGAGGCAGUGUGACUUCCCCUCCUCCCUCUCCCGCUAUGCCAAAGUACAAGCUGGCCGAAUAUCGCUACGGCCGGGAGGAGAUGUUAGCACUUUAUAUCAAAGACAACAAGAUACCAGAGGACAUGCAGGAUAAGGUGUUUGCUGCUAUUCUGCAGGAUGAACCUCAGCAACCUCUGGCACUGGUGCCUCUCACUGAGGAAGAACAGCGGAACUUUUCCAUGUCCGUCAACAGUGUGGCUGUGCUGAGGCUUAUGGGUAAAGGUGGUGGGGCCAUUCCUGCGAGUAUGACCCGUGGCAGAGGCAGUGUGAGAGGUGGCCGAGGUAGGGGCCGUGGAGAGAGUGGGUUCUACCAAAGAAGUAAUGAGGAUGGAGAGGUGGGCUUCAGCAGGAGUGUUAGAGAGAUCCACCGUAGCCAGAGCUGGGAUGACCGGGGCGAGAGGCGCUUUGACAAGCCUGUGCGCAGGGAGGGGUUGCGUGUUGGCUUUGAAGAUGUGGGCACUGGGGGGAGGAAAGAGUUCAUGCGUUCAGACAGUGAUAACUGGCGCACACUGCGAGAGGAGAAUGAGCAGGAGGAGGGUGGAGACACAGGAGGCAGCUGGAGACUGGCUGGCUCACGCCGAGAUGAUGGUGGUCCCCGUUCAGCAGGCUGGCGGGAGCAUAGUGAGGCUCGUCGUAGAAAGUUUGACUUCGACUUCCGGGAUGGAGGGAGUGAGGGAGGAAGGAGGAGAGCAGGAAGUGAAGGGGCAGAGGACGAGAGAGACGGUCUGCCGGAGUGGUGCACUGAUGAGGAAGAUGGAGAGAUGGGUACCUUUGACUCUUCUGGAGCAUUCAUGCCAAUCAAGAAGGGCUCUAAGGACCCUAUUCCAGAAGAGGAGUUUGAGUUUCAGGGUCUAGAAGAUGAGGAUGAGUGUGGUACAGAUGGAGAGAAGAAAGACAACAGUGUGGGAGACAAAGCCGAGAGAGAUGAGACCGACUCUGCAGCUGUGUGUGAGGUAGAGGUGAAAUCUCUCUCUCCCUCCUCUCCAUCCUCCAUGUCCCUCAUUGCUCCUCAGGCCGAGCCCAUGCCCAAUGCUGCCCCCACUUGUCUGGAGGAUUCUCAGCAUGUACCUGCCAUGCCCAGCAAGAUGCCAAGUGAAGUGUUAUCAGAGCCUGUGUCUGAGUUGAGCCCUAGUGCCUCCUCCAGUCUGCCUUCAUCCUCUCCUUCCUCUUCCUCUGCUGCUACUGACCUCCCACCACUGGGGGGUGACCCCGAGGACGACGAGGGCAUGAAGCACCUGCAGCAGGAGGCAGAGAAAAUGGUUGCAGCUCUUCAGGACACAUCUCUGGAGGAAGAGUGUUUCACCCAGACACUGCAGGAGAGCAGAAACACUGCAGCUGCCCUGCCUCUCUCCCACGACUCUGCCAUGAAGUGGUUCUACAAAGACCCACAGGGAGAGAUUCAGGGCCCCUUUAGCACAGUAGAGAUGUGUGAGUGGUUCCAGGCAGGCUACUUCAGCAUGUCUUUGCUGGUGAAGCGUGGCUGUGACGAGGGUUUCCAGCCUCUGGGAGACGUGAUUAAGAUGUGGGGGCGGGUGCCCUUUGCACCCGGCCCCUCCCCACCGCCACUGCUGUGUAAUCUGGAUCAGGACAGACUGAAGAAGCAGCAGGAGUUGGCUACAGCUGCUCUUUACCAGCAACUGCAACAGCAUCAGCUUUUCCAACUCAUUAACAGGUGCGGAGAGCAGGGUAUGAUUCCUUCGAUGAACAGAUCAAUGUCAGUGCCAGAUACAGGGUCCAUGUGGGACAUGCAUACCUCAGCCUCACAGCCGACAGGUGGUGAGGCCAGUCUAUGGGACUUAACAAUGAAUUCUUCAACUCAGGGUCCAACUCUUGAACAGCUUCAGAAGCUCCAGGAGAGAAGAGAGGCUGAACUCAGGGCUAAGCGGGAAGAGGAAGAGAGAAAAAGAAGGGAUGAAAAGAGAAGACAGCAACAGGAAGAACAGAAGAGGAGAGAGGAGGAAGAGCUCUUCAGGCGCAAACAGGAGCUGCUGAUGAAGUUACUGCAGCAGGCUCCACGUCAGGGGGCUGCCGGCACCGGCUCAGGCUGGAGCACCGGCCCAGUGCCUGGACUGGGGAAGCAGGGCAAGUCCAUCAAUACGCUGGAGAUUCAACAGGACACCGAAAGACUCUACAAACAGCAGCAAAGAGCCCAACAACAAAGAUGGGCUACAGAGGGUCUCUGGGGUUCUGCUGGCAUGGAUGGGAAGGCAGCUGGUGGCAGCAGUCCUUCAGGUGGAAGCAUUGGGGUUUGGGACGAGGCCCUAAAGAACCAGAGCGCCCUCCGCAGCAGCAUGGGCCUGAAAAACAGCCGCAGUAGCCCCUCGCUCAGUGAUCAGUACAUGAUGAUGAAUCGCCGCAAACGGACUGAUGACGAGGAGCGCUUACUGAAGCUCUUGCAGGGGAUGAAGGCUCAGGAUGGCUUUACAACAUGGUGCGAGCAGAUGCUGCAUGCUCUUAACACCUCUGCCAACAACUCCAACUCCUCCCUGGAUGUGGCCACGAUUGUGGCAUAUCUGAAGGAAGUGGAGUCGCCGUAUGAGGUGUUGGACUUCAUCCGUUCCUAUCUGGGUGACACUGUGGAAGCCAAAGAGUUUGCCAAGCAGUUUCUGGAGCGCCGUGCCAAACAGAAAGCCAACCAUCAGAGGCAGCAGCAGCUCUCGAAGGAAGUGGGUGGACUGACCAUGAACAGCUUUCCUCUGCAGGAUUCUAUGCGAGGAAUGAACCCUGCUGCUUUGCAGUCCAUGUUCCAGGCAGUGCAUUCUGGGAAGGGAGUAAUGGGCUACGACCAGGCAGGGAAACUGAAGAAGAAACAGCCCAUGAUGCUGCACUCUGAUCCUAGCAUCUUAGGUUACUCAUUCCAUGGUGCAGGGGAUCGGCUGAGCCUGAAUGAGAUGGAGAUGGUGGAGGAUUACUGAGUCCACAGCAAUAGCUACCUGAGGCCUUUUUCCGCGGGUCCAACUAAUCAGACUCCGCAAGUCUAAUGUGCACUGCUGGGGAUG